AGCUGCGUGAAGCACACUAUGAAUUGCAAAAGUAUCGUACUCGUAUAAAUGCAUGACAAAUUGUUCCCCCAGCAUGAGAAUUCAAUUAAGAUUUGUAAUGCGGAUUUACCUUGAGAAAAAAAUUUGUAAUGCAAGACUUGCAUUUAUACGAAUACGAUACUUUUGCACAGGAUACACACAAUGCUGAAGUUUGGGACCGCUUUCCAGCAGUAUCAAAUGUAAAAAUGUCUGGGUCUGGAAGGAUGCAGAGAUUUGUGAUGCAGCUUUGGCAUGAACCCUGAUGUCUGUGAUGCAUUCCCUAGCAUCACAGAUUUUUUGAGGGCUUCUUGAUGCCUAUACCGCAUGAGAAAUGCCCUCUCGCCGUCGCAAAAACUGCAACUCUUUUGCUGUUCAUGCAAUACAGAUUUUUGUAGAAUCCAAAUGCAGCAUCACAAGUUGCAUCCUUCCAGACCCAGACAUUUUUGCAAUCCAUAAGCAGAGUACUUGGACCAGUUGGAAGCAGAAGCCAACGGCGAGCUCUAGUAGUACGAGAGUGCACAACGAACCACCCCCACCUCCCUCUCAUUUGUAUUGCAUGAACAGCAAUACGAGCGUCCGCACAUGUGGAGCCUGUGCAUCACAGGUUCAUGCGCGUAAUGUAGUACUGUUUGGGGUUCCAGAAUCUGUCAUGCAAACUGUACCACAAGGCAGCACUUGGAUUUGAUGUUUUGCAUGACAAAUGAGGGGCUGGGGAUGAAGAAAUACUCGCGAUGUUUUUCGCGGUUCUGACCCUAGAUCUCCUGCGUCCGAAGCUGCUUGCGGCGACGGUGCAAGGGUUUUUGAUGUGGCGCAGUCGGGUAUGCAUGACAAAUGAGGGGCAAAGGGAGUUGUGCACUGUCAUACGUAGUACGGCUGGCCCAGCAGUUGGAAGCGCAACCCAACUCUCGCACGUACAGCACAAGUGCUGUCGAGAGUGAUAAAAAGUGUGUUUACUAAAUAUUGGAAAAAGUAGUAAGUUUGAGAUGAGAGUGAUCAGCUUCUUCGCAUAGCACAACUGCAAAAGCCUAGAUAAAAGCAUUACGCUGAUUUUCUGUGAGUGAUUUCAAAGUAAUAGUAAAAGUUAAAGUUCCAUUUUGCCCGGCUCUUUGUAUUUAUUGUUCCUACAUCCACCCGGCACGACCGGAAAAGAAGAGAACCAGCAUCGGCGUUGAUAACUUCUUUAUUCUUAUACGUUGCAAACGAACUGCUGUUUUUUGCCUUUGCUGACAGCUUCUUCCAAAUGACCUAUGAACGAAUCCAUAUGCAUGCGAUCUUAUUCCAUUUUUACUCGCUUCAUUACCGAUUUUUUUCACCAUCGGUCCUGCGUGUCGUUCGCGAGGGCCACAAUUUUGCCGCAUGAAGGAUAUAACAAGUAACAAUCGUGGGAGCUCUUAUUUCUCAUGAUCUAGAUCUUCAUGCAGAACAACAACAAUAACUUCACCGCUUCUUAUUUCGGAGUUGUGAGCACAGCAUUCUGCUAGCAUUUCGAACUGAAGGUGAAGCCAGAACCUACAAACAGCCAGGUGUUGUGUCCUUUGUUCUCUCACUGCAUUUUUC